CCCGUGACGUCAGAGCAGGAAGUGUUUGAGGAAGUGGCGCUGCGCUGGCCCGUUUGAGAUUCCCGCAUUUUAAUGUCUUCGGGGAGGCGCCAGAGCCCCCGGUUUGGCCGCCCUAGCCCCCGCCUCCCCGGUCCUGGGGAGCGGCUGCCCCGCCCCGCGCCCCUGCCGACAGAGUUAGCGCGGCAGCAGCAUGAGCUGGUCACCUUCUCUGCCAACCCAAACAUGUGGGGCCUGGGAGAUGAAAGAACGACUUGGGACAGGGGGAUUUGGAAACGUGAUCCGCUGGCACAAUCAGGAAACAGGUGAGCAGAUUGCUAUCAAGCAGUGCCGGCAGGAGCUCAGCCCCCGGAAUCGAGAGCGGUGGUGCCUGGAGAUUCAGAUCAUGAGAAGAAGCAGUUUCGAAGUACAGUGAGGACUUGAUAUGGGGCACUCUAAAGAAACUUAAGUUGCACAUGAUGCACUCACAGUCCUUGAGCUCGUGGUGCUGAAAGUAGAGCUGGGUGGAUGCUAACUGACCGGGCACCGAGGCUGAACCACCCCAAUGUGGUGGCUGCCCGGGAUGUCCCUGAGGGGAUGCAGAACUUGGCUCCCAAUGACCUGCCCCUGCUGGCCAUGGAGUACUGCCAAGGAGGAGAUCUCCGAAAGUACCUGAACCAGUUUGAGAACUGCUGUGGCCUGCGGGAAGGAGCCAUCCUCACCCUGCUGAGUGACAUUGCCUCUGCACUUAGAUACCUUCAUGAAAACAGAAUCAUACAUCGGGAUCUAAAGCCAGAAAACAUCGUCCUUCAGCAAGGAGAGCAAAGAUUAAUACACAAAAUUAUUGACCUAGGAUAUGCCAAGGAACUGGAUCAGGGCAGUCUUUGUACUUCUUUUGUGGGGACCCUGCAAUACCUGGCCCCGGAACUCCUGGAGCAGCAGAAGUACACAGUGACCGUGGAUUACUGGAGCUUUGGCACCUUGGCUUUUGAGUGCAUCACGGGCUUCCGACCUUUUCUCCCUAACUGGCAGCCCGUGCAGUGGCAUUCCAAAGUCCGGCAGAAGAGUGAGAUGGACAUUGUCGUCAGUGAGGACUUGAAUGGAGCGGUGAAGUUUUCAAGCUCCUUACCCUAUCCCAAUAAUCUGAACAGCAUCCUGGCACAGCGACUGGAGAAGUGGCUGCAGCUCAUGUUGAUGUGGCACCCACGGCAAAGGGGCACCGACCCUGUGUACGGGCCCAAUGGUUGCUUCAAGGCCCUGGAUGACAUCUUAAACCUAAAGCUGGUUCAUAUCUUGAACAUGGUCACAGGCAUCAUUCACACCUAUCCAGUGACUGAGGACGAGAGCCUGCAGAACUUGAAGGCCCGAAUCCAGCAUGACACAGGAAUCCCCGAGAAGGACCAGGAGCUGCUGCAGGAAGCUGGGCUGGCACUGAUCCCUGACAAGCCCGCCGCUCAGUGCAUUUCAGACGGCAAGCUGAAUGAGGGCCGCACACUGGAUAUGGACCUUGUCUUUCUCUUUGACAACAGUAAAAUCGCCUAUGAGACUCAGAUCUCCCCACGGCCCCAACCUGAAAGUGUCAGCUGUAUUCUUCAAGAGCCCAAGAGGAACCUGUCUUUCUUCCAACUGAGGAAAGUGUGGGGCCAGGUCUGGCACAGCAUCCAGACCCUGAAGGAAGACUGUAACCGGCUGCAGCAGGGACAGCGAGCUGCCAUGAUGAAUCUCCUUCGGAAUAAUAGCUGCCUCUCCAAGAUGAAGAAUUCUAUGGCUUCCAUGUCUCAGCAGCUCAAAGCCAAAUUGGAUUUCUUUAAAACCAGCAUCCAGAUUGACCUGGAGAAGUACAGUGAGCAAACUGAGUUUGGAAUCACAUCAGAUAAACUUCUGCUGGCCUGGAGGGAAAUGGAACAGGCCGUGGAGCUCUGUGGGCGGCUUUUUCAUCAGGAGAAUGAAGUGAAGCACCUGGUGGAACGCAUGAUGGCACUGCAGACGGACAUCGUGGACCUGCAGAGGAGCCCGAUGGGGCGGAAGCAGGGGGGGACGCUGGAUGACCUAGAAGAGCAGGCGAGGGAGCUUUAUAGGAGGCUUAGGGAAAAGCCCAGAGACCAGCGAACUGAUGGCGACAGUCAGGAGAUGGUCCGGCUGCUCCUGCAGGCCAUCCAAGGUUUUGAGAAGAAAGUGCGAGUGAUUUAUACGCAGCUCAGUAAAACUGUGGUUUGUAAGCAGAAGGCUCUGGAACUGUUGCCCAAGGUGGAAGAAGUGGUGAGUUUAAUGAACGAAGAUGAGAAGACUGUUGUCCGGCUUCAGGAGAAGCGGCAGAAGGAGCUCUGGAACCUCCUGAAGAUCGCUUGUAGCAAAGUCCGUGGUCCUGUCAGCGGCAGCCCAGACAGCAUGAAUGCCUCUCGCCUUAGUCACUCUGGUCAGCUGCUGGCUCAGCCUUCACCAGCCCCCAGCAGCUUGCCCGAGGCCAUCAAGAAAAGUGAAGAACUGGUGGCUGAAGCACAUACUCUCUGCACCCAGCUAGAAAAUGCAAUGCAAGACACCAUCAAAGAACAGGACCAGAGUUUGAGGUCUCUAGACUGGAGCUGGUUACAGACGGAAGAAGAGCAGAAUAGCCUGGAACAGGCCUCCUGACUGUGUGGGUGGCCUUGACCUGAGGCCUGAUGGGGCUGCCUGGCCUGAGGCCCUCCCGCGGUGGCCCCUGCUAUAACAGUGUCCCAGGAGUCUUCAGCACCUGGACAAAGAUCUUCUCACUUCCCCAGGAGUUGUGACAUUUACAACAGGCCAGGGGUGUGGCCCUCUGUGGGCACUACCAGCAACUUGUCUGCACACUGGAAGUCCUCCAUCACAGAGGCUCAGCAAACACUGAUGCCAGGCGUGAGCAUUUGGGGAGACCAAGCCACUUCCUCUGCUCCAAAAAAAUGCUCAAAGUACUUGCCCCACAGACCACUGGACAACUGUCUCACGUGACUCUUUCAGGACAAAGUAUGCAAGACACUCGAUGUCAGUCUGUCCUCUCCUGACCCCUCCUGAUCGUCAGAGGCCCUGAUCCACCUGUCCUCACAACUAGCGUUUCACCUGGACUCGGAAGCAGACAGACUUUUAGAUCAUAGACUCGGCCUGGCCCCAUCCUUUCUCUUCAUCUUUUCAUUUCACUGCUGCUAAAAUUUCCCUUUUCCUGACUACGUUGGUGGUUGUGCACCUUCAGCAAGGUUAUAGGUGAAUACCAGCUCUCCUCAUCCAUGGUCCUUUCAGCCACAGAGUGACUCGCUAGAGCCAGGGCAGGAGAGCAGCUUCCUUCCUUCGGGUUCCAGAUUCCACCAAGGAGUGUGUCAUUGUGGGGAAGAAAAAGAAAAGGGUAUCUGUCGGCCCCAUGUCUGCUGAUCACUGUACCCACACCUGUCCUUGCUCAGACACAUCUGUGUGGGGUGGUGGUGGGACAGGGGAGUUCCUGCUUCUUGUAUCAGCUAGCAGUAUUAUUAAAUCGAUUUAUUUAAAAAAA